GAUGGGUCAUUAAAACAGUUGAAGGACAGCAGUAAUCUCUGAAGGCACCGCAACCUUUAGCUUUACUGGUGAGGCGGUGAGGAAAACAACACUACUGCAGAAUUUGCCUGUUUUAUUGAGCGUCUCUCCUCCUGUAAUUCUGUCUGUCUCUCUGAUCUGAUCUGAUCUCGUCUGACAGCUGCCUGCCUGUGUCCCGAACCCUGGUUGUCAGGGAUACCUCUCCAUGGAGACGCAGUCCCAGAGGUAGGGGAGGGCUUUCAGGGAAAGGAGACCCUCACCUUGAUGGAGCAACAAGUCAAGAGAGAGGAUGAAGAAGGAAAGACUGUAGCAGAAGUGCAGAGAUAAGAGGGGAGGUCACCUGUGGGGGAACAAGUGGAAAUCAACAGAAGGAAAGAAGAAGAGUUGGAUGAAGUGAAAGUUAUUUUGUCAGGAUGGGCUAUGACCUGGAGAGGUUUGUGGGCUAUGUGAAUGAGGGUCUUCUGUGCUGUGUGUGUCGAGACGUGUUGGAGCGCCCCCUCCAGGCACCCUGUGAACACGCCUACUGCAGCGCAUGCAUCAGCAGCUGGCUGGUCCAUCACCCCUCCUGUCCCGAGGACAGACUUCCACUGGAUGUGGGCAGUCUCAAGCCACUGUACAGGUACAUGCGUAAUGACCUGAACCGUCUGCAGAUACGUUGUGUGAACGCAGGGCAGGGUUGCGAGGUGGUUUGCUCUCUGGAGAGCUUGCACACACAUGAGGAUGAGUGCGAGUUUGCCUUUGUGUCGUGCUCCAACACAGGUGGAGAGUACAUAUGUUACCACUGUGGUUGCCCUGUGCAGGUGGAGAGGCGGGGUUUGGAAGCUCACCUGUCAGAAUGCAACUUCCGCAGCAGGGAGUGUCCCAACGGCUGCGGCCACACCCUGCUCUCCAUUGACCAAUCACAGCAUAACUGUGUAGCAGAGCUGCGCACAGAGGUGGAGAUGCUCAGGGCAGAGAUGCUGUGCAAGGUGGAGGAGGUGAGACGAGAAAUGGAGUCUCGGCUGGACUCCCAGAGGAGACACAUGGUUCAGAAAGAGUCGCAGCUGAAGAACGACGUGGAGGAGCUCAAGGGUCAGCUGUCCCGUGUGAUGUGUGACAUGCGUGCCCUGUUAGGAGCAGAGCGCCUGAGACGACAGGAGCUGGCAGAAGCAGAGCUGGAGAAGAGGGAACUGUUGGAGCUCCUCAGAGACCUGCAGCCAACCAGGAAUCAGCAUCCCUUUGAACAGGCACCCAGGGAGCAGCAUCAUCAGGGAGCCCAGCAGACAUCUGCGUGGGAGCUGAACACAGAGCUCACCAGACACCAGCAGAGGGAGGCGUCUUUACAUGCCUCCAGUCUGUCACUGCAUUCAGCUCAGGUCAUGAAUGUUUCUGGUCCACCUCCGUCCCCUCAGCUGGGAGAGGGGACGCGCAAGGGUGGUACCAGGAGCCUGACUCUGGACUGCAUCAAGAGAAAGAGCCGGGAGGUGACAGUCAUCUGAGUGGAUCGGACUGCUGGGGGAUUAGCCAAACCAGGAAAAACGGAAUCUCUAUUUUUGUAACAUUUGGCUAACAGUUUAGUGAUGAAAAUAUUGUCGAAACAGUUAAGUUGCGUAGUUUCUGGGAUGAGUUUUAGAUUUUUUUAAUCAAAUCAGUGUGAAACAACAGCUGAGAGAAAAACAGUCUGAUGUAGAAUCAACCAAAUGAUGUGUUUGAAAGGUCUUUUUGUGUAAUUCUACAAACGCAAGUGAUGUUUUGACUGUGGGCGUAUAUGAAAGUGAAUAGACAUUAAUUUUGUAGACUCACCACUGAUCUCAUCUGUAAACAGAUCAUCGUGUAAUGUCUCUGGUUUUGUAUCCCUCAGGUUUCAAUUAAAUACAGUCACUUCGAUUAAUUUUAAUGAUUUCAGGCCCAUGUUAUUGCUUGUGUCCUCGUUAGUGAUCCACCUGAUGUAACAUGUUCAGCUUAGAAAAUGUUUGUUAAAUGUUUUUUGAGAGUCCUGCAAUAACUCGGUUACACAAGAACGUCUAAUUUCUUUUUAAAGUCUAAGCUAACCUAAAAUAUUGAGAAAUGUGUCUUGACUUAGUGUGUAAUCUCUUGAGGGAUUUUGAGUCUAAAGCAUAGUUACACAAAGGAUAACCUGUGGACCAAUGGCAGCCCUCAGAAACACUUCGUGGGACGUCCUCUAGCUCACCUGGCGGGGUGGGCGCCCUAUGUGCGGGGGCCGUGUCCUUGCCACAGCGGCCAUGGGUUUGAUUCCAACCUGCAGCCCUUUGCUGCAUGCCAUCCCAUCUCUCUCACCCUUUCAUGCUCAGCCUGUCCUGUCUAAUAAAAGCCAAAAAAGCCAUAAAAAUAUCAAUUUAAAAAAGAAACACUUUGUGCAGCCGCCCGAACU